CGAACCAACCCUCAAUCAUACUCGUCCUAUGUAUUCCUAGCCCACGGUCCACAUCACGCCUCACACAACUCACAAGAGAGAGAGAGAGAGACAGAGAGAGAGAGAGACGGUGGACAGUUCCAAAAUCGAAGACGAUAAGGCCGUCUCGUCUCAUACAGGCGUACAGCUAGCAGCAAAGCUUAGCUAGUGUGAAGGCGCUAAAACCCAUCUCUUUCCCUUUGGGGUUUCUUCGUUGUAAUCGAAGCUCUCUAGUUUUGAUUGUGCCCAGAGAAGUAGAAGCAGCUCCUCAUGGCGUCUCAGUUAAUUAGAGAAUGGACUGGAAUUCAGCAAUUCCCUCCUGCCACACAAACCAAAUUGCACGAACUGUUGGGAAAACUAAAGCAGGAGAAUGUGAGCACGUUGACAAUCCUUGUGAUGGGGAAAGGCGGUGUUGGAAAAUCCUCAACCGUGAACUCUAUCAUAGGGGAGAGAGCUGUAGCUGUCAGUGCUUUCCAGUCUGAAGGACCAAGACCUGUGAUGGUCUCACGUUCACGGGCUGGAUUUACGCUGAAUAUUAUUGACACUCCAGGGCUUGUUGAAGGAGGAUAUGUCAAUGAUCAGGCACUUGACAUCAUCAAAAGGUUCCUUUUGAACAAGACGAUAGAUGUUUUGCUUUAUGUGGACCGAUUGGAUGCAUAUAGGGUGGAUACCUUGGAUAGGCAGGUUGUCAAGGCUAUAACAGAUAGUUUCGGUAGAGAAAUAUGGCGUAGAGGGUUAGUUGUCCUGACACAUGCUCAACUCUCACCACCAGAUGGAUUGAGUUAUGAGGAGUUCUUCACAAGAAGAUCAGAGGCACUCUUAAAAAUUGUGCGUCUGGGAGCUCGGAUAAGGAAACAAGAUAUUCAGGGUUCGUCUAUUCCUGUUGUUCUAGUUGAGAACAGUGGGAGAUGUAAUAAGAAUGAAAGUGAUGAAAAGAUUCUUCCAGAUGGAACAACUUGGAUUCCCAAUUUGGUCAAAACAAUUACGGAUGCUGUUUCAAAUGGAAGCAAGGGUAUUUUGGUUGACAAAAAGUUGAUCGAAGGUCCAAACCCGAACGACAGAGGGAAAUUAUUGAUUCCUCUUAUUUUAGCAUUUCAGUAUUUCUUUGUCGUGAAACGGAUACAAAAAUGUAUCAUGGAUGAUAUUGCAAAAGAGGGUAAACCUUUGUGGGGAUGAACCAUCACCGUGGAACCAUUUUUAAUGUUUGCCACAGUUCCUCUCUCUAGUGCGCGUCUAUUUCUUUGUUUCUUCUUAUUAUGUUUAGGUUGUAACUGCCAGUCAGUGGCAGAAGUUAUCUCCAGCAGUUGGAUUUCGAUGUGUUUUGAGAGAACCUGGUUUUUUGUACUCCAGACUAUUUAUGUGCUUCUUUCAGAUAAUGUUUUUCUUGCUUUUGUGGUGUGUUCAUUUUGUUCUUUUGGCACUGUUGUGUUGUUCAGUUGAUUAUUACAGUUUUGCUAUUUCUACAGUAUGGAAAGUUGGAAG